AUGUCACGUAUGAUGACCAGCCAAGACCGAGACAUGCUUCACUUCAUGACCAACUUGAAGGUGGAGGAACUCCGGCAUCCCACUCAUCACUGCACAAUCACGUUGUCCUUUCGGAGGAAUAGGUAUCUCCAAAAUGAAGUGGUUGUUAAGGAGUAUCUCGUUUACAUCACUGGAUACCGAGCAUCCCAUUCCACUCCCAUUCAGUGGCACCAGGGGUUUGAACGUAAGGCAUACAGACGCAGGCACCAUGACAGCAGCGUUAACUUCUUUAACUGGCUCUCUGACCACAACUUCGCAGGAUCUGACCAGAUUGCUGAG